CGGAAGGUCCUCUUUUCUCACUUUCUACCUGCAGAGGUUCUUCAUUUACAGCAAAGGGAACCAAGAGCAUUCAUUUAAUAAAAUCAACAUUUAUAUAUUUUUUUUUAAUAUUUUGAAAAUGAAGAAUCUAUUCAUUUUCCUCAUGAUUUUGCCCUACUGUGGUUCAUCUGGAGUUAAAGAUGAAAAAUCAGUGUCAGUGAAAGAGGGAGAUUCAGUCACUCUUAACACUGAGGUUAAAACAAACCAACAAGAAGUGAUUGUAUGGUUUUUUAAUAACACUCGCAUUGCUCAAAUCAGUGGAGAUCUCAGUGAUAUCUGUACAGAUGUUGAGUGUAAUGAAGGUACUGAGAGAUUCAGAGACAGACUGAAGCUGGAUCAUCAGACUGGAUCUCUGACCAUCAGAGACAUCAAAAACACAGACUCUGGAGAAUAUAGACUAGCCAUACUCAGCCACAGCAGUGACAGUAAAAUGAUCUUCAGAGUUGCUGUUAAUGAUGUUCCUGCUGCUCAACGAGAUGAAAUGAAGACCAAGUCUGUAGUGGAGGGAGAACCUGUCACUUUAGAUCCUGGUGUAACAAAAACACCAAAUGAUGUGAUGACGUGGUAUUUUAGUGACACUCUCAUCGCUGAAAUCACUGGAGAUCAGAGUAAGAUCUGUUCAGAUGUUCAGUGUAAAGAGAGAUUCAGAGACAGACUGGAGCUGGAUCAUCAGACUGGAUCUCUGACCAUCACAAACACCAGAACCACAGACUCUGGAGAUUAUACAUUACAGAUCAACAGCAGUAGUAGCGGUGUUGUUGUCACCAGUUUAAAGAGCUUCAGCGUUUCUAUCACCGUUUCAGGUCUGUCUGCAGGUGGAAAAGGAGGAAUUUGUGCUGUCCUUCUGCUUAUAGCUGCAUCUGUUUGUGGGUUUUAUUUUUACAAGCGUCGAGUAAAAAGAAAAGGUGAGGAUUACAUUAGUGAUGGGAUUUUUCCUCUGUGAACUGGUUCUUUCAGACCGCUUGUUUCAAAAAUUCAGUUCAAAAAGUGAUUCAGUUUACUAGCUGAUAAAAAAUGUUGCCCCAAAUAGGGUAAUUUAAUACACAAUCUGUCAAAACCUCUAUUUU